CUGCCCUGACUGUUCAGGGAUUUUAAGGUGCAUCUGUCCUCUUCAUUGAUAGUCCUGACCUCCUGCUGUUCUGUGGUGAUUUGGAGACUGGAAAUCCAGUUGCUCAGAUGCCAGCUGGGUUAUUGGGGAAGACAGAGAUGAGCAUGCCAGCCAGUGGUCCACUAAGGAGUGACCCUUAAUGCAGUGUGAGGAGUAAGAGCUCUGGCUUCUGAACCAGCCAGACCUCAGGUAGGGUCUGGCUCUACCACUUCUUAGAUGUGGUCUCAGGUGUUUUCACAGUCCUGCGUUUGGUAUGGAGAGUGCGGAAUUGCGUCUGGAGAUAAGAGGUACAAUUGCAAAUAUUCUGGAUCACCAAAACCAUUGCCAAAGAACGGGUAUGACUUAGUGCAGGAGCUCUGUCCAGGAUUCUUCUUUGGCAAUGUCAGUCUUUGUUGUGAUGUUCAGCAGCUUCAGACACUGAAAGACAACCUGCAGCUGCCACUACAGUUUCUCUCCAGAUGCCCUUCCUGUUUUUAUAACCUAAUGAACCUGUUUUGUGAGCUGACAUGCAGCCCUCGACAAAGUCAGUUUUUGAACAUUACAGCAACUGAAGAUUAUUUCGAUCCCAUUAUAAACCAGACGAAAACAAACAUAAAAGAAUUACAGUACUAUGUCGGGGAGAGUUUCGCCAAUGGUAACCUCAACACAAUCUUCGCUGCAGAUCUCCCAGCACAUGGGAUGGAGCCCAUGAACAAUGCCACCAAGGGCUGUAACGAGUCUGCGGACGGGGUCAUGGGGCCGUGCAGCUGCCAGGAUUGCUCAGCUGUUUGUGGUCCCAAGCCCCAGCCGCCGCCCCCUCCUGUUCCCUGGAGAAUCCUAGGCCUGGACGCCAUGUAUGUCAUCAUGUGGGCCACCUACAUGGCAUUUUUGUUCGUGUUUUUUGGAGCUCUGUUUGCCGUGUGGUGCUACAGAAAGCAGUAUUUUGUCUCCGAAUACACCCCUAUUGAUAGCAAUAUCCCUUUCUUGGUAAAUGCCAGAGACGAAGGGGGGAAAUCCUGCUGCGACUCCCUUGGUGCAGCAUUUGAGGGCUAUCUGAGGCAGCUCUUCGCACAGUGGGGCGCCUUCUGUGUCCGAAACCCCGGCUGCAUCGUUUUCUUCUCCCUGGCCUUCAUUGCCGCAUGUUCUUCAGGCCUGGUGUUUGUCCGGGUCACAACCAAUCCAGUUGACCUCUGGUCAGCCCCCAGCAGCCAGGCACGCCUGGAAAAAGAGUACUUUGACACCCACUUUGGGCCUUUUUUCCGCACAGAGCAGCUCAUCAUCCGCGCCCCCCACACCGACAUACAUACGUACCAGCCGUACCCCGCAGGGUCCGACGUGCCCUUUGGACCUCCGCUUAACAUAGAGAUUUUGCACCAGGUUCUUGACUUACAAACAGCCAUCGAAAACAUUACUGCGUCUUACAACAAUGAGACUGUGACACUUCAAGACAUCUGCUUGGCCCCUCUCUCACCAUAUAACAACAACUGCACCAUUAUGAGUGUGUUGAAUUACUUCCAGAACAGUCAUUCCAUGCUGAACCACACAAUUGGGGACGACUUCUAUGUGUAUGCGGAUUAUCACACGCACUUUCUGUACUGUGUACGGGCUCCUGCCUCUCUGAAUGAUACAAGCUUGCUCCACGAUCCUUGUCUGGGAACGUUUGGUGGACCCGUGUUCCCGUGGCUUGUGUUAGGAGGCUAUGAUGAUCAAAACUACAAUAACGCCACAGCCCUUGUGAUUACCUUUCCGGUCAACAAUUACUAUAAUGAUACAGAGAAGCUCCAGAGGGCCCAGGCCUGGGAAAGAGAGUUUAUUAAUUUUGUGAAAAACUACAAGAAUCCAAAUCUGACCAUUUCUUUCUCUGCUGAACGGAGUAUUGAAGAUGAACUGAAUCGUGAAAGUAACAGUGAUAUCUUCACUGUUAUAAUCAGCUAUGCCGUCAUGUUUCUGUAUAUUUCCAUAGCCUUGGGGCACAUCAAAAGCUGUAGCAGACUUCUGGUGGAUUCUAAAAUCUCCCUGGGCAUUGCGGGUAUCCUCAUCGUGUUGAGCUCAGUGGCGUGCUCGCUGGGCAUCUUCAGUUACGUUGGGGUCCCCCUCACUCUCAUUGUGAUUGAAGUGAUCCCGUUCCUGGUGCUGGCUGUCGGGGUGGACAACAUCUUCAUUCUGGUCCAGACCUACCAGAGAGAUGAACGUCUUCAAGGGGAAACCCUGGACCAGCAGCUGGGCAGGGUCCUUGGAGAAGUGGCUCCUAGUAUGUUCCUGUCAUCCUUUUCAGAAACGGUAGCAUUUUUCUUAGGAGCAUUGUCAGUGAUGCCAGCCGUUCACACUUUCUCUCUGUUUGCGGGAAUGGCGGUCCUCAUUGACUUCCUUCUUCAGAUGACCUGUUUUGUGAGUCUCUUAGGAUUAGACAUUAAGCGUCAAGAGAAAAAUCGGCUAGACAUCCUUUGCUGUGUCAGACAUGCCCAAGAUGGAACAGGCCUCCAGGCCUCGGAGAGCUGCUUGUUUCGGUUCUUCAAAAACGCCUAUUCUCCAUUUCUGCUUAAGGACUGGAUGCGACCAAUUGUGAUAGCAGUAUUUGUGGGUGUUCUAUCAUUCAGUAUCGCAGUCCUGAACAAAGUAGAAAUUGGAUUGGAUCAGUCUCUUUCAAUGCCAGAUGACUCCUACGUGAUGGAUUAUUUCAAGUCGCUCAGUCAGUACCUACAUGCGGGCCCGCCUGUCUACUUUGUCCUGGAGGAAGGGCACAACUACACCUCUCUGAAAGGGCAGGACAUGGUGUGCGGGGGCAUGGGCUGCAACAACGACUCCCUGGUGCAGCAGAUAUUCAACGCGGCUGAGCUGCCCAGCUAUACCCGAAUAGGCUUUGCUCCCUCAUCCUGGAUUGACGAUUAUUUUGAUUGGAUUCAGCCACAGUCUUCUUGCUGCAGAGUCUACAAUAGCACUGAUCUGUUCUGCAAUGCUUCAGUGGCUGACCCUGCCUGCGUCCGCUGCAGGCCUCUGACCCCAGAGGGCAAACAGAGGCCUCAGGGUGAAGACUUCAUGAGAUUCCUGCCCAUGUUCCUUUCUGAUAACCCGAAUCCCAAGUGUGGCAAAGGGGGACAUGCUGCUUACGGGUCCGCAGUUAAUAUCCUUGACAAUGACACGGGUGUCGGAGCCACAUACUUCAUGACCUACCACACUGUGCUUCAGACCUCUGCUGACUUUAUUGACGCCAUGAAAAAAGCCCGCCUCAUCGCUGAGAACAUCACCGAAACCAUGAGCCAGGAAGGAAGGAAUUACCGUGUGUUCCCAUACAGUGUGUUCUAUGUCUUCUACGAACAGUACCUGACCAUCAUUGAUGACACAAUCUUUAACCUCUGCGUGUCCCUGGGCGCCAUCUUUUUGGUGACCAUGGUUCUCCUGGGCUGUGAGCCAUGGUCCGCAGUGAUCAUGUGUGUCACAAUUGCCAUGAUCUUGGUCAACAUGUUCGGCGUCAUGUGGCUGUGGGGCAUCAGUCUGAACGCGGUUUCCUUGGUCAACUUGGUUAUGAGCUGUGGCAUUUCCGUGGAGUUCUGCAGCCACAUAACAAGAGCGUUCACAGUGAGUGCCAAAGGAAGCCGCGUGAAACGGGCAGAAGAGGCGCUUUCUCACAUGGGCAGUUCUGUAUUCAGUGGAAUCACACUUACAAAAUUUGGAGGGAUUGUGGUGUUAGCCUUUGCCAAAUCUCAAAUUUUCCAGAUAUUUUAUUUCAGGAUGUAUUUAGCUAUGGUUUUACUGGGAGCCACUCAUGGAUUGAUAUUCCUCCCUGUCUUACUCAGUUAUAUAGGACCAUCAAUAAAUAAAGCCAAAAGUUUGGCCACUCAAGAGCGAUACAAAGGUACAGAGAGAGAACAACUAAAUUUCUGACCCUCUUACAGGGUUUG